AUGGCAAGCCUAGGCACAGCCUCAUCACGAGAGAGGCGCAUCGCCUGCGUCCAGCUUGACUCAAAACACGCCGACGUGUCCCGAAACAUUGACACCGUUCUUGAUCUCGUCUCCAACCUCAUCUUGGACAGUGGCUCAAACUCGAAUACAAACUCGAUCGAUCUUCUUGUUCUUCCAGAACUUGCUCUCACCGGCUACGUCUUUGAAACCAGAGAAGAGAUCAACCCAUUCCUUGAAGAUGCGACCAGUUUCCUACCGCCUUCAUCCUUGUUCACCUCAACGUCUUCAUCACCGUCCACUUUCACCACAGCUUGUCGCAGCUCGUGCGCAAGCUCAAGCAGUCCAAGUCUUACGCUUGGAGCUCACCUAGCACAGCAGCUUCGUUGUCACGCUGUAAUAGGAUUCCCUGAACGGAUAUCACAUCAAGAGUCUUCUAGUCGUGCGCCAUCUAUAGGGGCCUAUCAGAGUGUCACCCUCACCCCUCCCUUCGAUGCCAGACCCAAAGAUGUCCGCAUCUCGUCGAACGAAACAGUCGAGGCUAGCCCGGACCAGACUGUCAACUACCGCGCCUCCAACUCGGCCGCUCUUUUCGCCCCUGACGGCUCCCUUCAGCAUGUCUUUCGCAAGCACUUUUUCUUUGAAACCGACGAAAAGUGGGCUUCAGCAGGCAGUGGGUUCGAAUCACUUCAUAUACCGGACCUCGGCAAUGUCUGCGUUGCCAUCUGUAUGGAUCUCAACCUAUUUCAAUUCCGCACUCCCUUUGAUUACUGCGAGCUUGCGUCCUUUUGCGUUCAACGCGACGUCGACUUGCUCGUCAUGCCCAUGGCUUGGCUUCUCCCCAAACACCAAGAGCCAAGAGUAGACUCUUUGCCAAGUCUUUCCACAAUCAAUUACUGGGUGAUGCGAUGCUUGCCCUUCUUCAAUCCUCAGACUGCAUCAACGCAGCCUUCGAGCAGCGCGACUGCCUCUUCCGACGCUGCGGUGGGAGAUGCAAAUUCAUUGAGCAGCAAGAUGAGGUAUCUUGUUGCCACCAACCGCGUGGGUACCGAGGUAAAGCCGACGUUCGCAGGCUCGUCAUGCGUGCUUCAGAUGAAGGUGGGUCAACGACCCUUAUUGCUUGACAGCCUAGGAACCAAGAAGCAGGCUUGUCUGCUUGUUACUUUGCCUCCUUGA